CUGUUGGCUCACUGUGGGAACAGGAACUUUGCCUCAUUCGGGUUUGGACGGUUUUCCGUUUCCUGGGAAGGUUCGCCGUCUCUCCGUAUGCCACAAGAGGAUUCAGGACCCAGAAAGAAGAGUUCAGGAUGAAGAUGAGAGGCAGCGGUAUCACCUACUUCCUGGUCUCCAUCGGUGUGAUGUGCCUGGUGGCCACCCCACGGGGCAAGGCCUGUCCCCGCCGCUGCACCUGCUAUACACCUACAGAAGUGCACUGCACAUUCCGGUACCUGGCCUCCAUCCCAGAUGGCAUCCCACUCAAUGUGGAACGCAUCAAUUUCGGGUACAACAGUUUAGUUAGGCUGACAGAAAGAGACUUUUCUGGCCUGAGCAAGUUGGAGCUGCUCAUGCUGCACAGCAAUGGCAUUCGCAGCAUCGCUGCUGAGACCUUCUUGGACUUGCAUGCCUUACAGGUCUUAAAAAUGAGCUAUAAUAAAAUCCAAAAACUUGAGAAAGAUACUUUUCAAGGUCUUUGGAGUUUGACACGGUUGCAUAUGGACCACAACAACAUUGAGUUUAUAAACCCAGAGGUGUUUAAUGGACUCACCUUUCUCCGCCUGGUUCACUUGGAAGGAAAUCAGCUCACCAGACUUCAUCCAGAUACCUUUGUCUCUUUGAGCUUCCUCCGGAUAUUUAAAGUAUCUUUCAUUAAGUACCUGUACUUAUCUGAUAACUUCCUGACCACCCUCCCCUAUGAGAUGAUCUCCUACAUGGCUGAUCUGGAAAGCCUGUAUCUUCAUGGGAAUCCAUGGUCGUGUGACUGCCAUUUACGAUGGUUAUCUGACUGGAUACAAGAGAAGCCAGAUGUAAUAAAAUGCAAAAAAGACAGAAGCCCGUCCGGUGCUCAGCAGUGUCCCCUUUGUGCUAACCCCAGGAGCUCCAAAGGCAAGCCCUUGGCCGUGGUUCCAGCUGCAGCUUUCCAGUGUGCCAAGCCAAGCAUCAGCACAUCCCGCAAGCCAAGGAACCUAACUGUUGUGGAGGACAGUGCUCCUGCCUCCAUUUCUCCCCAGGACUUCAUGGCACCCUUUGGUUCUUUCACUUUGAAUAUGACAGACCAAUCUGGAAACGAAGCUAACAUGGUCUGCAGUAUCCAAAAGCCCUCCAGGACAUCACCGAUUGCACUCACAGAAGAAAAGGACCACAUCGUUAUAAAUGCAUCAAUUGCAGCAUCUCUCAGGUGCAGUCUAGAUUACAGUCACAUUCAGCCAGUGUGGCGACUUCUGGCUUUGUACAGCGAGUCUCCUCUGGUACUUGAAAGGAGUCGCUUGCUCACUGAAACACCACAGUUGUGUUACAAAUACAAACAGAGGGAUCCUAAGCCUGAAGACAUUUUUACCAAUAUAGAGGCUGACCUCAGAGCAGAUCCCACUUGGUUAAUGCAAGAUCAAAUUUCCUUACAACUAAACAGAACUGCCACUACACUCAGUACCUUACAGAUUCGGUACUCCAGCGAAACCCAUGUGACUUUACCCAGGGCAGAGAAAAGGUCGGUAAAACACAAAUGGACCAUGAUUACAAGGGACAACCAUACUAAACUGGAGCACACUGUCUUGGUGGGUGGGACCAUUGCCCUGGACUGCCCCGGCCAAGGAGAUCCUGCCCCCCAUUUGCAGUGGCUUCUCGCUGAUGGGAGUAAAGUGAGAGCCUCUUAUGUUAGUGAGGAUGGACGGAUCCUCAUAGACAAAAAUGGAAAGCUGGAACUGCAGCUGGCCGACACUUUUGACACAGGCUUGUACCACUGCAUAAGCACUAACUAUGAUGAUGCAGAUAUCCUUACCUAUAGGAUAACUGUGGUAGACCCCUCCAUGGAAGCAUAUCAAGAAGAUGGCAUUCAUCACACCGUUUUGGUUGGUGAAACACUAGAUCUCCCAUGUGAUUCUAGUGGUGCCCCAGAUGCCUCCAGCAGCUGGCUUCUUCCAGGAAAUAUUGUGCUCUCUGAAUCCUCUAAAGACAAGCAAAUUCUUCAUAAUAAUACGUUAAGAAUACUACGGGUCACCCCGAAAGACCAAGGCCAUUAUUGCUGUAUAGCUGCCAACCCAUCUGGGGUUGAUUUUUUAAUUUUCCAAGUUUCAGUCAAAGGAACAGGCCAAAGGCCAGUGGAACAUGACGCACAAGCAGAAGGAUCUGGACUUGAUGAGUCCAGUCCCAUUGCACACCUACAGAAGGGACCAGCUCUACCACUCCCUGUGGCUCCGAAAGGACCUGGGGUGGGAAAACCAAUCUCCAGCACAAGGAAGAGGCACAACUCCCUGGAGCUAAGCCAGCGGCGCCAUGGAGACCCAGCAGGCCGCCGUUUUCGGGAGCACAGGAGGCACUUCCCCCCCUCUGCACAAAGGAUCGAUCCACAACACUGGGCAGCGCUGCUGGAGAAAGCCAAGAAGAAUGCUGGGUCAGACAAAAGGGAACUCAGCACAUCACGGCCGCCUUCUGCUGGCACCCAGCUCCUGAUGGUCCCUGCCGAGGAAGGAGACCCUCCUGGCCUGCUCCCUCCAGGUGAGCAACUCAAGGUCCUGGCAGCCAAAGUUUCCAGUGCUCCGGCCAGGAUGGCGACUGCCGACUCCCAAAAGAUAUCUCAGAGCCCCAUGACAAAUACACCUUCUAGCACUCAAGUCUCCCCAGUUACAAGUCCUCAGAUAUUACCACCUGAAAACCCUGUAGAUGUCAAACUACCGACUGCUAUGGAAACCACCACCAGAUCAAAGAAUGCAAGCCCAGCUGUGUCAAGCAAAAUGCAGAGCACAACCAAGCAAGAGUCAUUCCGUGUUUUUUCAUUGCCCCCUGGAACAGCCGACUUUCAGGAUGCUGACCAGAAUGGAAUAGAAGAGCAUUCCCAAGGCACAAUCUCAGUAAGAACUGUGAUCGAAGAUAUCCAUUCUAAAAUGCAGAGUAGCACUAACAACGCAGGAGCCAUACUCUUACCACCAGGAACUGCCACAGAGGGACAGCAGACACCGGUCACGGGCAUCCAUGAUCCCAGCAGUAUCCUCUUCUAUCCUCACACCACUCCAAAGAUGAGCACUUCCAUGCCCCCUUCUGAUCCAGACACUGCUGCUCCUUCUCAGCUGCAGGUUGCCAGCAACAGGACGGCUACCAUACCCCUUCCCAGACGCUUUGGGAGACGACGCAAAACUUGGGUCAGGGGCCGUGUUAUCAGCCCACAUAGAAUUCCAGCUCUCCGGCGGCACAGAUAUGGAAUUGUAAGACCAACAGCCAAAGGUGAAUCUGAAGACAGCAAUACUGUAUUUUGGACCCCAGAGUUCAGUGAGAUAUGCCCCUCCUGUCCUCCCAGGAGGACCCCUGUUGCCACUGCUACAAUAGCACUGUCUCUCUCAACUUCUCCCAGCACCCUUCCCAACGCCACCAUCGCCAUAGUUAUACCAGGGUUGCCUACAACUCCAGUCCAAAACCUAUCACGACUAUUUGAGAAUGUAUCACAUGAAUCUGUUGAGCAAACAACACCCACAAUAAAAUAUUUCAGUGCUGAAAAUACCCAGGUGACUCCAACAAGUACAGGCAUGACUUACAGCCCACCAUCCUCAUCCAUGGAGAAAAAUCUUAAAACAAAUACUGGUGAUGCAGGUGUGUCUAGCAUCAGCGAAGCUAAAAGAGAUUCAGUGAUUCUAUCACUGCCUUCAGAAGCCAUCACCCAGACAUCAGUGCCUACUUCUAUAGCUAUUACAAGAUUUUCAAGAAGGAAAAUUCCCUUGAAUCCACUCUUUGUAAAUAGCCAUGGCCAAAAAGAGAGAUUAAGGAAUCUGCAUAAAUAUGGUUUACAAAAAAGCACAGUCAAGAUGCUCUCUAAAACAUCAGCCGCUUCACCCACAGAUCAAAGUGCCCACUUCUCAAUGCUCUCGGCAAGCCUCAUGCAAGCUCCAACUGUCAAGUUACCCACAACUGAGGACUCCACCGUGGAGACACACACUCCACUAGGGCUUCCUGCAGCCAAGGAGCUGCCCCACUCCCUGCUUCAUCCUACUAUGCCUCCUAGUCCAACAAGCAAAGACUCAAGUGCAACAAGUUUCCUUUCAGGGCAAGCAGACACACUGGCAACCCCUCCGACUGUCCUUGCAUCUGCCCCGACCUACAAAACCCCACCAGGACGCAGGGCACAAAAAAUGCAAAGGAAAAAGGAACGUCAGAAUAGGAGAGACCCAAGCAUCUCUCCAGGCCAGGCUUCUGGCUUCAGCACAUCCACUGCUAGGACCUCUCCCAUCCUAAGCGCAGCCACAACUGCAAAUGAACCUGCUGUCUCUGCUUCCACUCAUUCUCCCCUCGAAAACACAAAGGGAAUUUCAAGCACAACUGGUCUUCAUGUAACCGCUUUUAACUUGACAGAUGUAAUUGAAGAACUCCCCCUGGAGAGUCCUCAGACAUUGAAGGACACAAUCGCUUCUCAAACGACUUCGUCCAGCCAGUCACACAAGAUGACCACAACUAGGAAAACGAUGAUGAGACAUUCAACGUUGCCAGCACUACAGAGCAGCACAGCUAUUCCAGUGCCAAGUGUCACCUCCCCAGCCUUUAGGCAAAAUAUGGUGACUGGCAAAGUGGCAGUUUCUACUUCCCCGAGGAUGGUGAGCGCAGUGAGCAGACCUCAAGACUCCCCAUGGCACAGUCCUCGUCCCCAGCAAUUAGCUGCCGAGAUCACCCUGUCACGGGAGGCUCCUGCAGAUGCCAUGGUCACAGCUGGAACCACAAUCGGUACCACGUCCUUUGCCUACUCUAAUGGGUUACAUACUACUCCUAUGCCAGCAUUUGUGACAGUGAAAUCACAGAAUUCGAAAUGGACUACUACUCCCUUGUCAGAAAGCCAAUUUAGGGACAAGUCACAUCCAGAAACUGUUGAAGGUGGCAAAAGCCCACCUUUGAACACGUUGCCCACCCUGCAUUUGAUCGAAGCCACUCCUCAGGCUUCAAGCUGGGAUAGACAGAAGAAUGCAAAGAAAAGUGGCUUUGAAAAACCCAUUCAAAAACCAACAACCUCCAAGCUCUUUCCCUUUGACUCCUUGCUUAGGAAUAUAUUUGAAAAGCCCAGAAUAGUGGGAGGGAAAGCUGCAAGUUACACAGUUUCAGCAAACUCGGAUGCCUUUCUUCCCUGUGAGGCUAGUGGCAACCCUCUGCCCACCAUCCACUGGACCAGGGUCUCUUCAGGACUUGACUUGUCUAAAAGAAAACACAACAGCAGAUUCCAGGUGCUCCCCAAUGGCACCCUGUCCAUCCAGAAGGUGGACAUUGAGGACCGUGGACAGUACCUGUGCUCAGCAUCCAAUCCAUAUGGGACAGACUACCUUCAUGUCACCUUGUCUGUGGUGUCCUAUGCCCCUAGGAUCCUGGAGAAACGCACCAAAGAGAUGACCUUGCAUGCUGGAAGCAGCGUGGAACUGAAAUGCAGAGCUGAAGGUAGGCCAAGCCCCGUGAUUUCCUGGAUACUUGCAAACCAGACAGUAGUCUCGGAGUCAUCUGCGGGAAACAGGCAGGCGUUGGUGACAGCUGAAGGAACACUGGUCAUUCACAAGAUCAGCAUUUACGAUCGUGGCUUUUACAAAUGCAUAGCCAGCAAUGCCGCUGGGCAGGAUUCACUGCUAGUUAAGAUCCAAGUCAUUGCAGCCCCACCUGUGAUUCUAGAGCAGAAGAGGCAAGUCCUUGUAGGGGCUUGGGGUGAAAGCUUGAAACUUCCCUGCACUGCACAAGGAACCCCUCAGCCCAGUGUGCAUUGGGUCCUCUCUGAUGGUACUACAGUGAAGCCAUUGCAGUUUGUUAAUUCCAGGUUGUUCUUAUACCCAAAUGGAACUCUGCAUGUAAGAAACAUAGGCUCUUCAGACAGGGGUACAUACGAAUGCAUUGCUACCAGCUCCACCGGCUCGGAGAGAAGAGUGGUGAUACUCACAGUGGAAGAGCAGGACACCAUUCCCAGGAUAGAAGUUGCAUCCCAGAAAUGGACGGAAGUGAAUUUGGGGGAGAAAUUACUACUGAACUGCUCAGCCACAGGAGAACCCAAACCCCAGAUAAUCUGGAGGUUACCAUCCAAGGCUGUCAUCGACCAAUGGCACAGGAUGGGCAGCCGAAUCCACGUAUACCCGAACGGAUCCCUGUUUAUCGAGGCAGUUACAGAAAAGGAUGGUGGAGACUACUUAUGCGUGGCCAGAAACAAGAUGGGAGACGACCUGAUCGUGAUGCACGUCAGCCUAAUGCUGAAGCCUGCCAAAAUUGACCACAAACAGCACUUCAGAAAGCAAGUCCCCUUCGGGAAGGACUUCCAAGUUGACUGCAAAGCUUCAGGUUCCCCGGUGCCGGAGAUCUCCUGGAGCUUGCCUGACGGGACGGUGAUCAACAGCGCGCUGCAGGCUGACAGCAGCCGCAGGCCCAAGAGGUACACCCUCUUCAACAACGGAACCUUGUACUUCAACAAAGUUGGGAUCACAGAGGAAGGCGACUACACCUGUUACGCCCGGAACACGCUUGGCAAAGACGAGAUGAAGGUCCACCUCACCGUCAUCACGGCGGCCCCACGGAUCAGGCAGGGUUACAAGAGCGACGUCAAGGUCAAAGCCGGGGGCACGGCCGUCCUGGACUGCGAGGCCACUGGGGAACCCAAACCACAAGUAUUUUGGUUGUUGCCAUCGCACCACACGAUCUCCUUCUCCUAUGGCAGGUACACAUUCCAUGCCAAUGGCUCUCUGACCAUCAACAAGGUACGGCCGCUGGACUCUGGCGAGUACCUGUGUGUGGCCCGCAAUCCCAGCGGGGAUGACACCCAACUGUACAAAAUGGAUGUUGUCUCUAUGCCUCCGCUGAUCAAUGGCCUGUAUAGGAACAGAACUGUUGUUAAAGUCACAGCCGUGAGGCAUUCCAAAAAGCACCUGGACUGCAGAGCAGAAGGGACGCCACCUCCUCACGUCACGUGGAUCAUGCCAGACAACGUGUUCCUCAGAGCCCCGUAUCAUGGAGGUAGAAUCACGGUGCAUGAAAAUGGGACCUUGGAAAUCAGGAAUGUGAGGCUCUCGGAUUCCGCCGAUUUUACCUGUGUGGCUCAGAAUGAAGGAGGCGAGAGCGUGCUGGUGGUACAGCUGGAAGUGCUGGAAAUGCUGAGAAGACCAACCUUCCGAAAUCCAUUCAAUGAAAGAAUAGUUGGCCACCUCGGGAAGUCCACAACACUGAAUUGUUCUGUGGAUGGAAAUCCGCCACCGGAAAUACUCUGGAUUCUACCAAAUGGCACCCAGUUUUCCAACGGACCACACGAUUCUCAGUAUCUGAUAGCACGCAAUGGUUCUUUCAUCAUUCAUAAAACAACUCGCAAAGAUGCAGGGAAAUACAGGUGUGCUGCUAGAAAUAAAGUCGGCCACAUUGAGAAACUGAUCAUCUUAGAAAUCGGCCAGAAGCCAGUCAUUCUGACAUACAUGCUUGGGCUAGUGAAAAGCAUGAGCGGAGAGUCUCUGUCGCUGCACUGCAUGUCUGAUGGAAUCCCUAAGCCGAACAUCAGAUGGACCACACCCAGUGGUUAUGUAAUCGACAGAUCCCAAAUCAAUGGGAAAUACAUACUGCAUGAAAAUGGCACCUUAGUUAUCAAACAAGCAACAACUUAUGACAGAGGAAACUAUCUUUGUCAGGCUCAAAAUAGUGCUGGUCAUGCACAGAUUACUGUGCCGGUCCUGGUUGUAGCCUACCCUCCAAGAAUUACAAAUCGCCUACCCAGGAGCAUCCUCACAAGGACAGGGACCACCUUUCAACUCCACUGUGUGGCCCUGGGAGCCCCCAAGCCAGAAAUCACAUGGGAGAUGCCUAACCACUCCCUGCUCUCAACAGCAAGUAAAGGAUGGCCAUAUGGAAGUGAGGUGCUUCGCCCACAAGGCACCCUUGUCAUUCAGAAUCCCCAGACCUCAGAUUCUGGACCAUACAAAUGCACAGCCAGGAAUGCACUUGGUACUGAUUCUGCAACAACUUACAUUCAAGUAAUAUGA